AUGUCUGUCGGUGGUCACGACUCUGGUAUGUCGUUAUCCCAACAUCAAACCUCUCCUGCAAUAGUGUCUUCUCUUUCGUCUUCCCCCAUAAUUCGUCGGUCCACGACGGGUGUAACAGGGAGAAUUGGAACCAGACCAUCGACUCCAGCAACACAAGAGAUUGUGUCCCCAAGUGGCACCUUAAGUCGAGUCCCGUAUUCUGAGUUUGAAAUUUUACAGCAGUACAAUUUUAACAACCAUCAACAGUUACAGAUAAACCAACAGUUUCAAGAGCUUCAUAAUUUGUCUUCUUCUCAACUUCUUGAUCUGCAAAGUAAUUUAAUGAACAGAAGUAAUAUUCACAACCAUUCAACACCCCUUCACGGGAACAACUUAGAUCAAUUGGGGGAGGUUACAUCAAUAACAACAGAGAGAAAUCAAUACAUUUAUGGGGCUUCCUCUCAAAACCACCGCGGUGAUGAAACUCCAACCGAAGCAACUGAAGUAUAUACAUGCCCAUAUGGCUGUUGCGAUACUCCUGGGAUUCCAGAAUAUCUUUUACUGAAUGGACUAAUUAGAGGUAAUUAUUAUGAUGUUAUCAUAAAGGCAUUCAAUAAGAAAUACAAAUUACAUAAGCUGUUUCUUGAUCGAAGUCCAUAUUUUAAAUCCUUAUUCAAUUGGUCUUCUCCAUUCAAUCGUCAGAGGAAUACUUCUAGACUACGAGCUUCUAAUUAUAGUGACUCUGUCCCUUUGAACUUGUGCUCAGACCUGAAUUCGGACUCAGACACUAAUUCUGAAGAUGAAAGCGAUUGCUCUUACAGGAAGACUUAUGAAUUAAUAUUUGAUGAUCUGGACGACACGAAUAUGGCUUCUAAACGGAAGAGUUUUGAGCUAGCAAUUUCAAGACUUUAUGGUGCCGCAAAUCUUAAGGAAGAAUAUAAAAUCCCUUACGAUAUGAUUGAGAUGGGCCAAUAUUUGGGGCUAUCCGACAUUUCUUGUACUGCGACAGACUUUAUUGUUAAAAAUAUGGAUAUGUCAAAUUUGGCGGAUAAUUUGAGGUUUGCAAUCAGUUCUGAUUAUGGUACUGCCAGCCAAAGAAUUAUUGAGAAUGGUAAAGGGAUACUAUGUUCUGAUGGGUGGGAAAAGGGUCCAGAUGCGUGGAAUACAGUUCCCACUUCUAUAAUUUCAGAAGUUGUAGGUGAGGACUAUUUUUUUGUCCCAACAGAGUGGGAUAGAUGUAUGUUUAUUAUUAAGUUGAUAGAGGUAAGGCUUGAAAAAAAAAAUAGCAGUAACAAGGAUGAUUAUGUUAGCUCAUUUGAUGAUGUUGAGCCCCUGAAAAAAGUAUUAAAUGAAAAAAUUCAUUACUGUCAUAUCCAGCCUGAUAAAUUGCAAGAAUUAGAAAACUUGCUUGACAUCAAUGGCAACAAUUAUAUCGAGCCCCAUAUAUUACACGCAGCAUUGUGGCAAACAGUACAACUAGAAACAAUGAUAACAAGAUCUUCUGACUCACCCCAAACAGACAAAAUAUUUACUAGUUGUAAACCACCUUCGAAACAUCAUAAUUGGUUUAGAAUUCCAUCUAAAGAUGAAACAUUAUCUGGUCUACCGAAAGAGUUGAAUAUAUUACUAGAAAAUAGUUUUUCAACUAGCGCAAAUAAUCAACUAAAUCAGAAUGAUACCAAAACUACCCAGAGAAAUGAUUUUAAGUCUGUAAAUACAUAUGAGGAAAAGACAUAUAAUUGGACAAGAAUUCCGCCAUUUAGGUUUUCUAUUUCAUUUGCAAAUGUCUCCCAAUUGCCUACAGAUAAAAGAGUCUAUGGCAAAACAUUUUGGUAUGCAGGGUCAUAUUGGAAUUUAUAUUUGCAAAAGAGUUAUAUCCCUCAGAAAAACAGCUAUCAAAUUGGUGUUUAUUUGCACCGUGCACAUAGUAGCUCCUCAAACUCUUCUGGAAAAACUGGCACAAUCAAUCCAGAUAUAUUUGCGGGUAAUAUUAAUUAUAAAACUGAGCCUAAAAGGUACGAUACAAAGGAACACUUCACAGUGCUACAAUCAGAAACAACAACAACAACAGCGACUGCAAGUAUUGAAUCUUUGGGAUCAAACAGGGGUGGAACCACCAUGGUUGAUCAGUUGGGUGUGAAUAUACUUGAUUUGUCAAUUGAUGACAGUACAACAUCGUUGUCCUUUGAAACAUCUGCUAAUGUUACCAAAAGGCAGGAUAGCAAGAAACAAUCGAUUAUUAGUUAUGAAGAUCAGAGGAAUGAAAUUCAAGUGUACUUUGUCAUCUUCACACCAUCCAGGCGUGCGGUUCCAACAAUAACAUCUUUUCUCUCUGUGCCGAAUCGCUUUGGAAAAUCUCAAAGCUGGGGCUGGAAGUCUAAUAACAUGUGUGUGUUUAAUGAAGAUGGUACCUUCGCUGACGGUCAAGAUCCAAACUUAAAAUUUAUGAUAUUAUUGGGUAAUGUUUGA